AUGAUCCUUUCUAUCACGAUUAGAACUACCGGGGCACCCAACUAUGCAGCAAUAAUCCCCGUCUCCUCCCCCGACGAUUCACUCCACAAAAUCUUGAGGUUUUUGGAUGAUCAUGACAUCGACAUGGAUGAUCAUGAAAUAUACAGGAAUUACGUUUUUGGGUACGAAAUCUAUGAUUUUAGCUCUAAUCCAUGGAGGGUUCUUGAUAUCGCUCCCCACUGGGAUAUAGAUUCUUAUCAACGCGGUGCGUCUUUGAAGGGAAACACAUACUUUAUUGCUAAGGACAAAAUAAUAUUUGAAGAGGAUGGAGAGAUACCAGAGCCGGCAGACUAUAUACUCUGUUUUGAUUUUACAACGGAGAGCUUCGGACAGUCUCUUCCUCUCCCGUUUCAGCAUUUUCGUUUCGAUGUUGGAGCUCUAUCUUCUCUUAGAGACGAGAAACUCGCUGCAUUAUAUCAGAGCGUGGAUAGAUCAGAGGUGGAGAUUUGGGUUACAACUAUGAUUGAGCCCAAUGCUCUGUCGUGGAACCCUUUCUUAAAAGUUGAUAUGAACAAACACUAUGGUUCUGGUUUUCAGUUUCACUAUGACGGUGGCAGUUUCUUCAUAGACGAGGAGAAGAAAGUCGCCGUGGUUUUUCACUUUGACGAAUCCGAAAUGACCCGCUAUAAGGAUGCAGCUUACAUCAUUGGAGAUGAUGGGUACGUUAAAAAAGUGUGUCUUGGCGAAACUGUGAAUCAAGGAGCAUCUCUCAACUUCAGCGAAUAUGCGGCUUCUUGCCCACUUGUGUGUUGUGGCUCUUUUGUUCCAAGUUUAGCACAUCUCAACCAACUUGCAGGAUUCAAAAAGGAAAGAGAAGAAGAGGAGGCGAACCAACAAGCACUCGCGAACAAGAAGACUCACUAUUAA